CAGUCGUCUUCUACUCCCAGUUUAUCCCCAGCUCCAUCAUCCGGCUUUCCUCUCUCUCCAUCACUUAUUCCCUGCGCUUGCUCCCUUUAUUGUAUUUUCUGGUAUUUCCUUCAGGGCACACACGCAAGCAUGUCCGGAAGCGCAGGCUACGAUAGACAUAUCACAGUCUUCUCUGAUCAGGGUCGUCUGUAUCAAGUCGAAUAUGCAUUCAAGGCUAUUACAUCCGCAAACAUUACCUCCGUCGGAGUGAGGGGGAAGAACUGCGCCGUGGUAUUGACUCAGAAGAAAGUCGCGGAUAAACUAAUUGAUCCGUCCUCCGUUACACAUGUCUUCAAAAUCUCUCCCUCAGUCGGAUGUGUCAUGACAGGUUCCAUUGCAGAUGCUAGGGCAUCCGUGGACCGCGCUCGCGGAGAGGCCGCUGAGUUCCGGUAUAAAUUCGGUUAUGAAAUGCCUGCUGAUGUGCUUGCGAAGCGACUGUCCAAUAUCAACCAAGUUUAUACUCAAAGAGCUUACAUGAGACCUCUCGGAGUGGACAUCACACUCGUCUCAGUUGAUUCUGAAAAGGGGCCGCAGCUCUUCAAGUGCGAUCCCGCUGGAUACUACGCCGGGUACAAGGCGACGGCAUCCGGGCCGAAGCAGCAGGAGGCUCUCAACUACUUUGAGAAGAAGUUGAAGAACAAGGAUUACGCGGAUGGUAGCUGGGAGGAUGUUGUCGAGCUGGCCAUUACGGCGUUGAGUAAUGUGCUGAGCGUUGAUUUCAAGAAGCAUGAACUGGAGGUUGGAAUUGCCGGUGGACCCCAUCGUGAUGGGAAGGAAGGGACCGACCCGGAAUUCCGAGCAUUGACGGAGGACGAAAUUGACGAGCGGCUGCAGGCUAUCAGCGAAAAGGAUUGAUUGAUUGAUGGUAGGUAGAGAAGGAGUAGAAACAGACAGAAGGGGAGUUUAAACUAUAUGAAUGCCAGAUGUCUAGUGUUUUGAACUUGGGUUCCGGGAAGUGGCUCCACGGCUCCAUACUGUAAGAUAUGCCAAAUGCAAUGACCUGAGGAGUUGAGUUCUGGA